CCCUGUAGAUGGUACGCUCAUUGCAUUUAAAAUUCAGCCGUUUUAUUUUUUAACCGUUGCUCUUGGCUGAUUAAUUUAACUGCAAUUGUGCUGAAUUUGUACGCAAUAAAAUAUUGGAUAAGAAAGAAAACGUUAUUCGAUGGAUUGAUAUUUUAUGUGCAUAGUGUACAGCGAUAUUAUCUUGAUAUUUAUUGUGAAUAUUAUUUACCGAAGACAUGUCUUCGGUUAAUGAAAGACUUGCCAAAUUGAGGGAGGAGAGAAAAGCAAGAGAGGAGGAGAGAAUAAGGAAGCUAAGGGAGCUUAAUUUGAAGAAAUAUAACAAUUUUGACUUGAAUUCAGAUUCGGAGACUAAAAAUGGUGUGUCUAAUUCAGUUAAGAAUAAACCCCGUGUUUUAUCUGCAGCUAGAGGAUCUGUUUCAAGUCUGGCAAGUAAACCUUCCACUAGUAAAUAUGUGACUUUACAUAGACAAGAAGCAUUGAAUAUAACACGACAAAAAAGUACUGAAAUUAAACCAAAAAACAGCACAAGCAGUGGAAACCAUUUUGAAACUAAACAAAAGGCUAAAUCUAAUAAUGUACAUGUUAAAAACUUAAAUGCAAGACUUUCUACGGUUCCAAAACCUAUAAAAAAACCUCCAGUGUCCAAUAAUGGUCAAUCAACCACUGCUGCUCUUAAUCAGAAUAAUAACACAGUUGAUUCAAAGGAUAAUGCACUUAAUAACUGUACUGAAAGUGAUCAACCAUUAAAUAAAGCAAAUGAUGUAAAACAGGAGCCAGUGGAAAAUAUUUCUGAUAACUUGCCCCAUACAAGUAAUAGUACGGAACAAAAUGCUAACACAAAAACAAUUACUAUGAAUACCAAAGCCACUGUUACCAACCACCGUGAAACUCUGGCGCCAAUUUCUACGAAGCCCAGGGUUGCGUUAAAAUUAUUUACAACUACCAAAACUGAUAGCCGGAAAAGCCUACCUGCUUUUAAAACUAAAGACAUAAAAAAAUUCUCUCCGAGACGGGAAAGUGUGUUUGAACGAUUAUAUAAACCCAAAACAGUUACUAAACGUGUUGUUGAUGAUGCACAAAGAUUGAGGACAGAUCCUAGCUAUUUGAAAAAAGUAAUUGAAGAUUCACAACUGACUACAGGUGUGAAGCGCCCAAUUCCACAAACUAAACCGGUCAGAAGGUCGAUAUCGGCUGUGCAUUUAAGGAGAAUUAGUAAAAGUGAGCAAGCAAAAUGUAUCCAAAACUGGGCAUCUGUUGGGGAGAAGCUCGAUAAAGUAAAUGUUAAUGAAAUAGAUGAAGAUGAUUGCAUUAGUUAUGAGAAAGUUGUGUCUGCUGUUAAAAGUGAAAGGAAGAAAGUGAAAUUUAUGACCCCUGUUACAAUGAAGUACAACACUCCUAGUACAGAAGAAUUGCAGUCAAGAUUGCAGAAGUGGUUACAGAAACGUGGCAAAUCUAUGGACUCCUAUCAUCAUCUGCAAUGCUUUGGUAUACGUCACUUAUCUAAGAAACCAUUAGAAUUGCCAAGUUUGCCAUUAUUUGAUGAUGAGGAUGAAAACAAAGAAAAUGUUGCCGCAGAGACAGACAGUGACAAUCAAUCUUAUACUGAUAAUUUGAAUCACCAUGAUACUGACUUCCCUAAAGGCAAAGAGGAUUUCGGCAAGGACCAGUGGCGUAGUGCGAGUUUUGUCAGUGAAAGCGUCAGUAUGAAUGAGAUAAAUGAUACAACGUUGACACCUUCUGUGGACUUUAAUCAUCUGGACGUGUUGCUGCACGGCGCUCUUACUGACCUUACUGAGUUGCUACGAGAGGGUUUCGAGUGGGGCCAGUGUGCGUGCUGGCUGCGCUCCAUCCGCGGGCGGUUCCCCGCGGUGACGCAGACGGCGGCCUACUGGGAGUGCCGCGCCGCGCUGGAGGAGCGCCGCGGCGACCUGCCCGCAUCCAUGCAGUGCUGGGAGGAGGCUAUCGUUAUGGGCACCGAGAGAUCCGUAGUGGAGGAGAACUUGGACCAACUGCUAGAUAAGUUUAUGCAACUGAAGAUCAGCCCCAGCAAUCGCCACGAGCCCAAGGUGGACCCCAAGAUGGUGGACGUAAAAAAUGUCUUGAAGAGUACCAUCAUUAGAUUCGCGGUGCACAAAGCGAAGAUUCGUAAUUCAUCAAAUCCUGAGCCGGCCAAGUACAUGGUGACUCCGGUGCGUCGCAGCGCGCGGCUAAGCAUGCACUACGGCAGCGCGAGGCGCACGCCGCUGCAGGAGUGCACCACAAUCAGUCAGGCUUCGAACCUGGGACAUCCUGUGGUCUUCGUGCCCAACGACCAACUCAAUGGAACACCAUAAACAACACGUAACAGUGUCAGCGACGGCUCUAGCUUAGGUAGAGCGAUAUUUUCUUUUAGUGCCUUUUUCCUACACUAUAAGUCACAUAAUCUUUAAAAAAAUGACACUUAAUUUGUCAUUUUCAUUAAUUGUAGGGCUGUAUUCUUUAAGAUCUGAUAAAAUUUAAUUUUACUUGGCAUUUUAACACCUUUUUUCUAUGGUGCUUUUGCUGUACCCUAGAGCCGCCGCUGUAUACUUUGGCACAAAUUGAAACAUCCUGUAGUAUCCAAAAAAGCUUAGUGU